AUAAAAGCUUACAGUGGAAAGGCACACAGCACAUUGGGAAAACUUUUUCAGAGAGACCAAAGGGUUCUUCUUCUGCAGCCAGCAGCUCCUCCCUCCAACAUCCAAACACAGCACCAUGACUGAGAGGCGUAUUCCUUUCACCCUGCUCCGCACCCCCAGCUGGGACCCCUUCCGGGACUGGCAGCAAAACAGCCGUAUCUUCGACCAGACCUUCGGCAUGCCGGCUCUGCCCGAGGAGUUCACCACAUUCCCCACUACCCACUGGCCCGGGUACCUGAGGCCCUCCGUGUUUACCCCUGAAAUGGGCUCGAUGAUGCCCCACACCCCCAUGAUGCCUCAGACCCCCAUGAUGCCUCAGACCACCAUGAUGUAUCCGGGCGCUGUCAUGGCCCAGCAGGCCCGUGCUCUGACCCGCCAGAUGAGCACCGGCAUGUCAGAGAUCAAGCAGACCCAAGACAGCUGGAAGGUGUCUCUGGAUGUGAACCACUUCUCACCUGAGGAGCUCGUGGUCAAGACCAAAGACGGAGUAGUGGAGAUCACAGGGAAGCAUGAGGAGAGGAAGGACGAGCAUGGUUUUGUGUCCAGAUGCUUCACCAGGAAGUACACCCUCCCCUCUUCAGCUAACAUCGAGAAGGUGACCUCCUCCCUGUCUCCUGAGGGGUUCCUGACCGUGGAGGCUCCUCUGAUGGUGCCCGCCAUCCAAUCCUCAGAAACCACCAUACCCGUCAACGUGGACAACAAAGGUGGAGUGGUGAAGAAGUAGAAAGAGGAGCGACGCUAUGUCUCCCUGUCAACCCACACAUAUUCAAAAACCAGCCCUUUAGUUACACCACAUGCUUCUAGACGAUCUCUCCUCCUAAAGCAGACGGAGAGAGGAGAGCAAGGGAUUGUGCUUUCUCUCCUCUCUCCCCUUUUGAUAAUGAGCCAACCCCAGCUGAGUGCACAGUGUAAACACAUCUACAGCAGAGCCAUAUGCCCGCUCUCUUUGCUGUAAUUACACUCCUCGUCGGAAUUUAAGACUCAGCUUUAGGAUGUUUUUUCUCUCCCCCACUGCCCCACAUGUUCACCUGUCUCAUUUCUGCUGAGUAAAUUCCCUACACGAGGCCUCUACAGGCGGUAAAACAGACUGUUACACUAGAGAUCCAGUGUUCCUGAAGAGCAGACAGACACUCAACCUUUUAGGCAGAACUAUGUGUAACAGUGAUCUCAAUUGGCUGGUUUUAUUUGCUGUCAUCUUUGGAAACAAACAGCCAUGCAAAAACUAAAUAAAGAGUAAAGAGCG